GCUCGGCCAGGAUCACAGCGAGACCAUCGCUUGCCGUGAGCUGUUGGGGAAGGUUCUUGCCUCUCUCGGCGACCUGGACCAGGCCGUGCACGAGCUGAACCAGGUGGUAGAGCUCCAGUCCAAGACAAUCGGGCCGAAGAGCGUCCAGGCGCUGGAGGCGAUGCAGGCGCUGGCUUCUUUGAAGGAGUCAGCUGCUCUGCAAGGCAAUGGUUCCGUCAAGCGUCUGGGGGACAGUGUGUCCGUGACACGGGCGGCUGUGAACAAGGGAAGAGAGGACAGGAAGGCCGUGAAGGACGCUGAUGGUUCCUCGAACUCCACACAG